CAGCUGACGGAUCAUGUUGAAAAUUAAACUUGAUUUUAUCACAAACAUGGCAAUAUCGCGCAUCGUUUCUCCUAUGACGCGAGCGAAGGCAUAUUUGACGCUGAGCGUUGGCGGACGAAACUUCGGCUGCGAAAGCGGCUGAUUUCAGAACGUCGAACGUAUACGACGUCGACUGUACGAAAACAGUGAACAUUGCGGCAGCGUGAGUCGAACGACGCGGGGAAUGUUUUUGUCCUCGCCGCCGCGAGUAUAAAACCAUCGUCCGGGAGAUCAUCCGGCAGUUUUGCUCGGGACGAAUUGUUAUUGCAUCGUUGCGAAGUGACACUCUUACACGUGUUUAAGUACAGCCUCGGUUCUAAUAUCGUGGCCGCGACGAACAAUGCGCCUGGUGGUGCUCCUACAUGCAACGAUCGUUCUCUCGCUACUCGUGCAAACUGCGAGAUCCUGGCACUCGAGGAAUAAACAGAGAUCACCCGUUAUUUUCGUUCCAGGUGAUGGCGGCAGUCAGGUCGAGGCAAAGAUUAACAAACCAUCGGUGGUGCAUUAUAUCUGUGAGAAAACAUCCUCCGAUUAUUUUAGCCUUUGGUUGAACAUGGAAUUGCUUGUACCUGUCGUGAUAGAUUGCUUUAUUGAUAAUUUAAAAUUAAAUUAUGAUAAUGUAACGAGAACUACCAGUAAUCAGCCUGGAGUGGAUAUAAAGAUUCCAGGAUGGGGUGAUCCUUUUGUAGUUGAAUAUAUAGACCCAAGUAAAGCCUCAGCGGGUUCAUACUUCAAAGAUAUCGGAAAUAUGUUGGUAAAUGAGUUAGGAUACGUCAGAAACCUGUCACUACGUGGCGCACCUUAUGAUUUUAGAAAAGGACCUAGUGAGAAUGAGGAAUUCUUUACUGACCUGAAAACUCUAGUCGAAGAAACAUACAUAAUGAAUAAUAAUGUGCCAGUAACACUAGUAGCCCACAGUAUGGGCGGACCCAUGACCCUCAUAAUGUUGCAGCGUCAGAGUCAGAAAUGGAAAGAUAAAUAUAUCAAUAGUUUUAUUACGCUUAGUGCAGUAUGGGCAGGAUCUAUUAAGGCUGUCAAAGUCUUUGCCAUUGGAGACAAUUUAGGUGCAUAUUUUUUGAGUGAAAGCACAUUAAAGAACGAGCAGAUAACGAGUCCAAGUUUAGGAUGGUUGUUACCUUCAAAGUUAUUUUGGAAGGAUACUGAAGUUUUGGUGCAAUCAGAACAAAAAAAUUACACCCUGAGUAAUUUACAGCAGUAUUUUAUAGAUAUAGGUAUCCCCAAUGCUUGGGAAUUCAGGAAAGACAAUGAGAAGUAUCAAUUGGAUUUUACAGCACCAGGUGUGGAAGUACAUUGUUUAUAUGGCAGCAAAGUAGACACCGUGGAAAAGUUAUAUUAUAAGCCAGGUGUAGCAAUAGAUGGUUAUCCUCAGUUAAUUUUUGGAGAUGGGGAUGGAACUGUAAAUAUAAGAAGUUUAGAAGCAUGCACACAGUGGCAGAAAUCACAAAAACAUAAAAUUUACGCUCAAGGUUUUCCAAAGGUAGAUCACAUUACAAUUUUAAAGCAUCAUGAUAUCUUAGCAUAUAUCAAGACGGUUUUAAGUUUAAAACAAAAAAAAAAAGUUUGACGUAAUUUUUAAUGAAAACAUUUGUAUAAUAAAAUACAAAAUAAUAUCAUGUGUCAGGUAACGUUACGAGUUGCUCUCUCUAAAUUCUCUAUCUUACGAUUUUGAGACAAAAUAAUAUUUAACAAAAUAUAAAAAUAAUGCAUAAAAAAAUUGUAAAAAUUGAGUAAGAUAUGUAUUAAUUUGUGAUCCGUAAGUUUUUUUGAAGAAAUUAAAGGAGUAACUUCAUGUGAGUUUCAACAAUUCUUCGAUUAAGAAAUAUGUCGUAAUUAAAAAUAUAUUUUUAUUAACUAUAUUGUUCAUUAAAAUAUAUCACAUUACACAACACACCGGCAAAUAUCAAUUGGAUUAUAAAGUGGUGCAGUUGCAAAAAACAUUUUGUAAAUGUA